UGGGCAAAGCUUGUGAACAACUAAAGCCUCGUUUCAUCUCUUUCCUUACAUUGUUUUGGAAUUCAUCUACGUUGAUUCACGUAAAACCCGAGAGGGUAGAUAUGGACAUUCCCAUUUUACAGAUGCGAACACCAAGACUGCAAAGCGAAAAAUGAAUAGCUUUGCGACGACUAAAUACCGGGAAGCCACCGGGCCAAGUGCAGCGGCACAUUUCGCCCCUCGCGAUCCCACACACACACACACACGCUGCCUCCUUUCCUACCUCCCAGCCGCCGCCGCGCCGGGUCCACGUGUGUGUGUCUGUGUGCGGAAUGGGGACGGGGGCGGUGCCGCCAGAGGGGUGGGGUUCUGGCUAACGUCACAGGCAAUGCUGUCCAAUCAGCGGCGGGCUCGCGGCCCCGGCGCUGGUAUUGGGGCAGCGAGGGGGCAGUUCUCUAUAACGCGGUCUCCGGGAGGCAGCGGGGAAGAAAGAAGCCGAGCUGGCGGAAGGCGCUCUCCCCGCCGCCUGGGCCCGGGCACCGGGUGCCGGGCCCGGGGUCUUUCCCGCCUCCCGCGGCCGCCUGCCGCUUUGUUUCCCCAGCCUCUGCGCUCCCGGCUACUCGAGAGGGUUCCCGCCGGGGCUGCGCAGGGACCGCGGCGGCAGGAAGGGCGGCCGACCGCACCGGGACUCGCAGGGACCCAGGAGUCCGGCCACCGUGAGGGCCGCGUGACGAGAUCCAGGAGCGAGCCAGAGCUCCGCGGGCCAGGGUUGCGGGCCGGGGGCGCCCGUGAGCAGAGACCUCCCCGUCGAGGGGGGGGCGAUGUGCCCCUCGCCUGUGGGCUCUUCAGGCAGCCAGGGCAUCCUGCCGCUGGGAUCGGGGUCCCCGCAGAGGGCAACCCCCCGGGCGGUUCCAUGGAGACUCUGUGUCCCGCUCCCCGUCUUGCAGUGCCGGCAUCCCCGCGAGGGUCGCCUUGCUCUCCCACACCCCGGAAGCUGCGUCGGGGGAGCCAGGAGUUCUCUCCGCUGUGCCUGCGUGCCCUUGCCUUCUGCGCCCUUGCCAAACCCAAGGCGUCCUCUCUGGGCCUGGGGCCUGGGGAGCUGGCGCCUCGGGCCCCGGUACUGCUGGGGCCUCGCUUCCCGCUGUGCACCGGCGGCUGGGUCCCAGAUGGCCUGAAGCACCUCGCGGGACAAGCCGGGCGGUCCAUCGAUCCGGACUCUCCGGCCGGUCAGGAUGCCGACGCCGCAGUGUGCCGGGGCCGCGGCGAGGAGGAAGAGGGCGGAGGCAGUUUCCCGCACUUCGGCGCUCGCUCAGGCGUACCUCCCGGCCGCUGCCCGGCGCCCCGGCGCCCUCGGGAAUCUCCGACCAGCUCCGCCUCGGCUCCGCCUAGGCCGGCCUCGGGUCUCGACUCCCAGCCUGGGCCCGCCGGCAGCCCGCGUCGGGAGCCGGGUUCCCGGUCUCCUCCGCCACCUGCGGGCCUCUCCGCGGAGCCUGCGGGUCCCGGGGUCGCGCCGGAGCCGCCCCCGCCGGGCCAAACGGCCGCAGUCGAUGGAAACGCCCCACAGGCCGCCCCCGAGGCCCUAGCCGCCAGCCCCUCGACGGCCAACGUUGCUCCGGCCGCGCCCGGCGAUCUCCGCCAGGAACAUUUCGAUCGUCUGAUCCGCCGGUCGAAACUUUGGUGUUAUGCUAAGGGCUUCGCCCUCGACACGCCGAGUUUGCGCCGGGGGCCGGAUCGGCCGCAAGCAAAAGGGCCGACCCGGGGAGUCGCGAAGAAACGCCGGCGGCCGGCUGCCCCCCAUCGCAGCGUGCAGCCCCGCCGCCCUGCACCGACGCUGCCCACCACCAGCACCUUCAGCCUCCUCGACUGCUUCCCCUGCCCCCCGGCCCUGGUGGUGGGCGAGGACGGAGACUUAGGGCCGGCAUCCUCGCUUCGUCUCCAGGGAGACUCUAAGCCUCCGCCUGCCCACCCUCUGUGGCGAUGGCAGAUUGGGGGUCCCGCUGUACCUGAGCCCCCUGGCCUCAAAUUCUGGGGUAUUAACUUGGAGGAAUUUUGAGCGUGAGAUCUUUUCUGCCAAGGGGGAAAUGUUGGGGCCACAGCCAAACUGCGGGCUCGAGGACAGGGCUCUUUCCCACAUUUGCCUGUUCCCUCUCUGUUUUAUGGGCUGUGGUCAGAGGGACCUGAAUUGACAGUGAUCUUCAAGCACCUAACUGGUAGGGGUGACACCCCCUCCCCCUCAUCCUUUGGAGAGGAACCAAGGGCUGGAGUCAGGAGAAGGCUUAACGGAAAAAGGCUUAAUGACAUAGAUUCCAAUCCCUCCCCUCUUCCAUCUCGGAUCUCUGGGGGCAGGGCCUUCACCCCAGGGGUGGUAAAGGAGGCUACCGCUCAAAGACAAGGAAAAAAAAAAAGAGGGAGAGAGACCUUGGUGACGGACAAACCGGUUGUUUCUGUGGGGGAGCCUGGGGAUAAGGGGGCUGUGUGGGGGUGGGGAGGUGAUUGGCAGCUCCCUGGGGGCAUCCCCCACCCCCACCAUCCAGGCCUUUAACCCUUCACUCCCCUCAGGCCUUCUCCAGCGCUCCAAGCGUCACCGGAGCCUUCAUGGGGGAGGGGCAGCUAGGGGAAGGGGAAGAUCACCCCCUCCCUGUUCUUUUCCUAGCGCCCCUCAAUUCACCCAACCCCUAAUUCGCAGUGUCUUCAGUCUCAGCCACCAAGCUUUCCCUUUUGUCCAGUUUUGGAGCCUCCCUCUUCAGUUUUCCCUGUUUGUUUUCAGUUUAUACUGUCUGCUGGGUAAAAGAGGACCCCCCCUCGAUAAAUCAGCCCCUUCCCUCAAUUUACGCCUCAUAUUAGGAGGGGCGGGACUGAAGGAUCUCCUUCCCUCCAAAAACACAGAUUUUGCCUGGGGAUGGGGCCAGAGACUGUCCCAGGGAAAGUAAUGGAAGGUGGAAGAAAUCAAUAAAAUCAGACCAAACAAGUUGCCUUUCGAGGGCCUCUCCACCGAUGUGUAUGGAUGGCAGGCCGGGAGGUUACAGGGCAGGCCUGGGUCCAUUCUUUGGACACCCAAACUGGGCUCCCUCAAAGGCUCGAGAUAAGACAAGCCGCUUUUUGUGGAGAGGUAAACUGAGGUGCUCUUGGCCUAACCCCAAAGGUCCAGUAGGGCUUGAAGGGACAAAAUGGGGUUUGGAUGGGAGCGGGGCUGAGGUACCUUUGGCUUCCCCCCCUAACUUCAGGCAUUUCAGGAGCUGUCAAGGACCUGAUGGAUCCGAAGGGGGCAGGGCCGGGGGAUUAGUUCUGAGGUCAGAGGUUCUGUUUUCUAGAGGAAGAGGGGAGAGAGAGGCGUGGACCACACCCUCCAGCUGGGAGGGUACCCUAGUCAGAGAAGGGUUGGAAUCGCAGUCUCCUGCGCCAGGUGAGGUCAGGGGAGGUUAGUUCUUACGGAGAUUCCAAGUUUACGUGUGAGAGGAACCUGGAGGUUGACGAUCUGCCAAACAAUUGAAGGACCCAACUGCCCUUCUUCCUAAAUUAGUGAAUAACACCCUCUUUUUCCCCUCAAACGGGGCAAGGGAGGAACAAUUCCCACAUACGAUAUUGGGGAAGGACUUGUCUCCUUUUCUGUGAAAACGCUUUGUAAAAAUUUAUUGUUUGCAUAGAGCAGAUUCUUGAGAGAAACUGUUUUGAACCUUAAAAGUUUUGUUUUAAAA